AUGGAUUCAAUGAAGUUUCUGCUCCUUGCGAUUCCAUUGGUGGAGGCUUUUAUAAAACCGGUCGGCAAUGAGCUAAUCUCCAGAUUCCUGAAAAAACUUAAUUGCUCCUGUCCACUACGUUCUGAAUCAGCAUGUCCUGGGCAUUGCGAGAAUGGAUGGACUUAUUUUGAUAGAGCGGAUGCUUGCUACAAGAGAUUCUUCUUGGAAGAUUUCGACAUGCUGAAAGUAUCUUUCGUAAUUGAGUUGGCAAAGUCGGGUGUUGCGGGGGACAACUAUUUGAAAGGAACUUGGAUAGGCCUAAAACAAGCAAAGUACCCACUCAGUAAGGAGUGGACCUGGACUGACGGCACAGAAGUCGAUUAUACACUAUGGUGCAAAAAUCAGCCGGACAAUGAUAAAGGAGUAGAGCAUUGCGCACAGGUCUUCUGUGAUACAAUGAUAGAAACACAUAUUGAGUAUCGAAAAUGGAAUGACGCACUUUGCUAUGAUAGAAUGAGGACAUUUGUGUGCAAGAAAGAAGCGAUACACUAGAGGGCAUGUACAUGUAUUUAAUUGUUGUGUAUGACUGUCUGUAUA